AUGGCUUCUCUACGGUAUAAUCACAAUCUCACACUCCUUUAUAACGACACGAAGAGAAAGGCCGCCAUCAAUGUAGAUAAGCAAGAGCCGAGUCCUGCUUCCGCGAGACUCCACCGCAAGCUUCAUGCACAAACCGAUCGUCUGGUAACAUGGGGUCUGGAAUGGGCCGAAGAAACAAACGACAGCAUCGACGAGUCUAUUGAACGAGCUGGUUUGACCGAAAACGUGACCAAUAUCCUAGGGAACAUCAAGGACAUCCUCGAACAAGCCGACAGACUCUCGUCAUAUAAUCCUGCAUCUGACAAGGUCGUCUUCAACCAAGAUAAAUACGAAGAUCUGCUACGCGAUCUGACUUCUUCUGUUGAUGUACUUUAUGACCUUUCAGCUUCUCGCAGAGCUAUCGCCCGCGGCACAUAUCCCAAUUUGAGCGACCACCCUCAUGAUGUUGCCAAACGUGGUCUCCGUAUAUCAAAAACUUCAUUUGAUGCCGCCAGCUUCGCUUCUUCGGAAAAGACUCUUGUCAACACGCAGUUCGCAAGACCCACUCUUUCGCCAUAUGCCGGACUUCCAGCAAACAUCAACCCACAAGCUUUGUCGCUACCAAUAGAAGGGCCACCUCCUUAUGAAUACUUCGGCGUUCCAUCGACAGCUAGAAUGAUGGGACGCUUGAGCAAAUCACUGGCUCCCGAAAGCGUCCGUAAUGUGUUCAGGGAUGUCACAGACGAAUAUGUGUGGGUCAUGGUUGAAUUUGAGAACUAUGACCCGCUAUAUCGUGACACAGGUGUAUCCCCACCACUUACACGAGUAGAGAAGCUGGCUUCCUCUCUGAACAUGUUGUCCAAUAGAGGAAGCCUGAGGCUACUCGGCUACGUGGAAGACCCUCAACAACCUCGCAUAGGACUGGUUUACGACUAUCGUACAAUUCAACCACACCAAUCUGAAGAAAUUCGUCCCGUCACCCUCAUGGGCCUAAUUCUGACAGCGACACAAGCCAAAAGGCCAGUCGACGUCUCGAAUGCCACUCCCUUCCUGGAAGACAGAUUUCGUAUAGCAUUGCGUCUGGUGGAAAAGUUGAGGGAUUUGCAUGCCGAGAAUUAUUUCCAUGGAAACAUACAUAGCGAGAGCAUCGUGUUUCUCCAACAAGGCCAUUCUCCGCAGCCACGACAAAGCGAACUGCACCGACCUGUUCUGUCAGCAUUCGACAUGUUUUCUAGAAAUAGGAUCGAGUAUGGCGAUUCUCCGCCAAUAUCCAACAUCACAAAACAUCCUGAAGACAAGGGAGGCGAGAUUGACGAUGUUACGGCGAUCCGCUAUGACCUCUACCAGAUAGGUCUCGUUCUACUGGAGAUUGGUCUUUGGAAUCCCGUGAAUGACUAUUUCAAGGAGAAGUACACGCUCAAGGAUUUCAAACUCAGACUGGAGAAACUCUACAUACCAAAGCUUGCAAGCAAGUGCGGCUCGCUGUAUAUGCGUGCGGUACAGACUUGUUUGCGUUGGGCCGACAAUGACGAUGUCGGACACAUUGGCGUAGAGGCCGUGUAUGACAGCAUCCUGGUGAAGCUCCAGCGUUGUGUCUUGCUAGACGAGACAGAACCUUUGGAGAUUACUCAGAUUCCAGCUGGGUUUUUGCAGGCUCAGAGCAGCUUAGAGGGUUUACAAGCAGCGGANAAGAAGCGUCAUAACAUUUCGCCUGGACGUCUUGUCACCGACUCUGAGCUCAAAGCUGCUGAGAGGGCUUCUGUUGCCUCGUAUCCAUCUGCUAUUUCAAGCUCUGUUGCACCGCGGUCACCUAUCCUUUCCAUGCUGAGCGCCAAGUCAAAUCGAUCCAACUCAACGAGCGCGGACUCGAUCAAGCACAUCUCACAACCCGUGACCCAUGCCUCGACUCCUACUCCGGUUUCUGACCUUGAGCGAUCUGCUCCUGCGUCCAAUGCACAGCUGAAAUCUGCAUCUGACCCAUUCCCUUUCUCGUUCCGCGAAUAUCGUCGUAAAGUCGUGCUGAUUCAGUCAAGAUGGCGUGCGAGAAGAGCUGAAGCACGCCGUAAUGUUCGCGAAGAGACUCAACCCCUGCAGUCACAAAUUGACCAUCGACUUGUUGCUCCAGUAAGCAAGUGUCGCAUGUUCCCUAUUUCCCUUCCGCAAACGAUCGUGGAUGAGUGGCACUCAGACAUCGGACUCCGUCUUUCUUGCAUCAUUGAGCGAGCACUGAAAGGCUCUACUGAAUCCUCGAGCAUCGAUCUUGUCAGUGUUGGCCACGACGCUUUCACGGCAAAGCCCACUAUCGUCGUGACUUGCACAAAUACAGCAAGGGUCAAAGCUGCACUCAAGCGCAAAUUCCACUACGACCGGACCAUGUUCGAUCUUAAGAUUCGACAAGGUUGUGUGUCAUUAUCGAGAGGCAAGUCACGGGGUUGUGGAAAGGGAGACAUUGCUAAGCGAAGUCAGGCAAGGGGCGAUGGAAGUGAAAGUAACGUAACACCAAUGAACCCUUUCUGGCAGGAGCGUCCUCUUUGCGGUGCAUCUAUCGGUGCAUACUUGCCUGAUCACGGUCAUCUUGAACCAGUAUCGUUUGGCGGUAUAGUCAAGGUAGACGACAGAGAAUACGGCAUGAGCGUACAUCAUAUGCUCGAGCCUCCGACUGAUGAAGAGGACUUAAACGACUCGGAUUCGGAUAUGGAUGAACAGACCAAUCCAGGUGCCAAUCGGUCAAGUGCGAGAGCUCCAAGGUCAACUACGCCACACCUUGCGACAAAAGCAAGCUAUGACCACGGAUACAUGAGUGAUCUCUCCUCAAUUUCGAGUGCUGAUUCUGACGAUGACGGCUACGAAUCAUCGGAUUUCGAGAGCGAUGUCUCCGAAGACGAAGACGCAGGCGACAGACCCGGUGUCGCAGUGUCAUCAUACUAUAAUGUACAAGUCACCCAGCCCGCAUUCGGAGAUGCUGUGGCCGAAGACCUUCAUGCCGAUGACGCUACCACGGAAGAGUUAGACGAGGACCACCUGUCUUCUUACAAACUGGGAAAAGUCUACGCUUCCUCGGGUCUCCGUCGCUUGAACGAAGGAGGCAAACGCUACGAGAUCGACUGGGCGCUUCUCGAACUUGAUCCUCCUCGACUUCAGCCAUACAACUUAGUCCAAGGAGGGCGUCGGCAUUGCAAGUCACCCGUGUCCUUCGUACCCGAACUUAAAGCUCCUGUCUGCAGACGUGGCAACCUCUACACAGCAGAAGAAGACUGGUACCCUACCGAAAUCAUCCCUGCUUCCAACUUUGCGAAUUUGGAAGUUCACUGCUUAGGGCGGACAUCUGGUCUCAAGACCGGCAUCAUCAGUGCAGCACAGUCAUUUGUUAAGAUCAAAGGACGCAGAAACUUUUCUCUCAGCUGGACAGUAGUAGGAGGCUUCGGAGUUGGCGGAGAUUCGGGUGCGUGGAUAGUGUCCAACACCACUGGUCAGAUUGCCGGCCAUGUGCUUGCUGAACGUACGGGCUUGACGUACAUGUGCGCCAUGCAUCUUUUGUUCGACGACAUACGACAGACGCUCAAGGCUUGUAACAUCAGCCUUCCUGGCGCGUCUGCAUCGAUCACUAUGGCAGAUCAAUAUGAUACAAGCGCAACGCCAGGAGUCAUGUACGCGACCCUGCCUACGAGAGAGAAGAUAAACCUCACCAGAGAUAUAAGCUUUCCCUCAGAAGAUAGCGAUGGAAGAAGGAGGUUUUACGAAUCUUCCGCGUCGCGCGCAAGGAAGGAUAAAGUCACAGAUACUACUACAGCGGUGAAGAUGNNUCGAAGCCAAGAACGACUGGUUGGUGGACGCAGAGUAUUCCUAAUUGAGAGAACAACAACACAAGAAGAUUGGAAACCAAACCCAACAACCAAAUUUAACAACCAAAUCUAA